AAAGUGAACAAUGAAGCCACCAUUUCUUUUGGUCCUUGUGGUCUGUUCUGUAUUCAGCACAAAUUUGAAGAUGGUAUCAAAGAGAAAUUCUGUGGAUGGCUGCAUUGACUGGUCAGUGGAUCUCAAGACAUACAUGGCUUUGGCAGGUGAACCAGUUCGAGUGAAAUGUGCCCUUUUCUACAGUUACAUUCGUACCAACUACAGCAUGGCCCAAAGCACUGGGCUCAGGCUUAUGUGGUACAAAAACAAAGGUGAUUUGGAAGAGCCCAUCAUCUUUUCAGAGGUCAGGAUGAGCAAAGAAGAAGAUUCAAUAUGGUUUCACUCAGCUGAGGCACAAGACAGUGGAUUUUACACUUGUGUUUUAAGAAACUCAACAUAUUGUAUGAAGGUGUCAAUGUCCUUGACUGUAGCAGAGAAUGAAUCAGGCCUGUGCUACAAUAGCAGAAUCCGCUAUUUAGAAAAAUCUGAAGUCACUAAAAGAAAAGAGAUCUCCUGUCCAGACAUGGAUGACUUUAAGAAGUCUGAUCAGGAGCCCGAUGUUGUCUGGUACAAGGAAUGCAAGCCAAAAAUGUGGAGAAGUAUAAUAAUACAGAAAGGAAAUGCUCUUCUAAUCCAGGAAGUUCAAGAAGAAGAUGGAGGAAAUUACACAUGUGAACUUAAGUAUGAAGGGAAACUUGUAAGACGAACAACUGAAUUGAAAGUUACAGCUUUACUCACAGAUAAGCCUCCCAAGCCAUUGUUCCCCAUGGAGAAUCAGCCAAGUGUUAUAGAUGUCCAGCUGGGUAAGCCUCUGAAUAUCCCUUGCAAAGCAUUCUUUGGAUUCAGUGGAGAAUCUGGGCCAAUGAUCUACUGGAUGAAAGGGGAGAAGUUUAUUGAAGAACUGGCAGGCCACAUUAGAGAAGGAGAAAUAAGACUCCUCAAAGAGCAUCUUGGAGAAAAAGAAGUUGAGUUGGCACUCAUUUUUGAUUCAGUGGUGGAGGCUGACCUGGCUAAUUAUACCUGCCAUGUAGAAAACCGAAAUGGACGGAAACACGCCAGUGUUCUUCUACGUAAAAAGGAUUUAAUCUACAAAAUUGAGCUUGCAGGGGGCUUGGGAGCAAUCUUCCUCCUCUUUAUACUGCUGGUGAUCAUCUACAAAUGCUACAACAUUGAACUGAUGCUCUUCUAUAGACAGCGUUUUGGAGGUGAUGAAACUACUGAUGACAACAAGGAAUAUGAUGCCUAUCUGUCUUACACCAAAGUGGAUCAAGAUACUUUAGACUGUGACAAUCCUGAAGAAGAGCAGUUUGCUCUUGAAAUACUGCCAGAUGUCCUGGAAAAACAUUAUGGAUACAAACUCUUCAUCCCAGAAAGGGAUCUCAUUCCAAGUGGAACAUACAUUGAAGAUCUCACAAGAUGUGUUGAGCAAAGCAGAAGACUUAUUAUCGUGCUAACUCCAGACUAUAUUCUCAGACGGGGAUGGAGUAUUUUCGAAUUGGAAAGCAGACUCCAUAACAUGCUAGUCAGUGGAGAAAUCAAAGUGAUUGUGAUUGAGUGUACAGAGUUGAAAGGGAAGGUGAAUUGCCAGGAAGUGGAAUCCCUAAAGCGAAGCAUCAAACUUCUGUCCCUGAUCAAGUGGAAGGGACCCAAAAGCAGCAAAUUAAAUUCUAAGUUUUGGAAGCAUUUAAUAUAUGAAAUGCCUAUCAAGAAAAAAGAAAUGCUUUCUCGAUGCCAUGUUCUGGACUCUGCAGAACAAGGACUUUUCAGAGAACUCCAGCCUAUACCCUCAAUUGCCAUGACCAGUACGUCUGCCACUCUGGCAUCAUCUCAAGCUGAUCUCCCUGAUUUCCACCAUUCAGAUUCAAUGCAAAUGAGGCACUGUUGCAGAGGCUAUAAACAUGAGAUGCCAACCACCACCUUGCCAGUAUCUUCCUUAGACAACCACCAUACUUACUGUAACUUGCCGCUAACACUACUCAAUGGACAGUUACCCCUUAAUAACACUCUGAAAGACACCCAGGAAUUUCCUAGAAACAAUACCCUGCUACCUUUAUCAUCCAAAGAACUUAGCUUCACCAGCGAUAUUUGGUAGUGAAAAAUAUGAAAUCCUCCAAACAGCUAUCUGAGCAUACAGAAUUUCUGCUGUACCAAGCAUAAAGUACACCUAAGAACAUUGAGGUGCUGAAAAAGUGAAUAAAAAGGCACAGAAAUCACUUUUAUACUCAAAUAUUUUUGUUUAUAUUUCCUGACUAAUGGGGGGAAGGAAAGACUUGCUUUUGUAGUAUGGCACCUUGUUCCAAUGUAUAGUUUUAAUUUCUUCCUAAAAAAAUUUAAAAACUUUGUUGUUUUCACGUAGGUUUUAUUAUUCCACAUGGACUGCAACCUUAUUAG